GGUCCACGUUAGUUGACGCAUCACAGAUUUAUCUAUUCCUAGAUAAUACGUUCUUUAUGCCGGCGGACACGCACCGGUUCAUCUCGAUAACGACGAAUAAAUUCGCGCCACGCGCUUAGGCUUCCGAAAGUUAUCUGUGCGUAGCGCAGAGUAACUCGGCUGUGCUCCGAUUUCGGAUAUAAGCUCAUAGCGGGGACGCAUUCGGCGUUGAGGGUCGCUCGCAUUUUCUUACAUUCGUUUGUGGAAGAGCGUGCGAACUUACGAUGGCGUCAGCCAUGGACUUUCAAGGCGAGAAGACUAACGGACAUGAUCAACCAGGUGUCCACCAGAAUAGUCAGGAAAGCGCGGGCCAGCAGAAUCAAGGCCAAUACCACCAGCAGCAACAGCAGCAGCAUGGCCAGCAGCAGCAAGCUACAGCCGGUAUCCCUGGCAAGGACGACGAGCGCAAGCUCUUCGUUGGCGGAUUGUCUCGUAGCACCACCGACAAAGAGUUGCAUGAACACUUCAGCAAAUUUGGCGAGAUCGAGAGUAUCUCCGUCAAGGUCGAUCCCCACACCGGUGUCUCACGCGGCUUCGCCUUCAUGGUGUUCGCCAAUCCCAAGACCAUCGAUAAGCUGCUCGCGUCCGGCGAGCAUUAUAUUAACAAGCGUAAGGUGGAUCCAAAGCGAGUGAGCAAAAAACCUCAACAUGGUAAAGUCUUUGUGGGUGGUCUCACACCAGAGAUCACGGACGAAGAUAUUAAAACUCAUUUUGGACAAUACGGCACCAUCGUCGAGCUACAAGCACCUUUCGACAAAGUCAAAAAUCAACGGAAGGGUUUCUGUUUUAUCACAUUUGACUCGAAGGAGGUUGUGUAUAAGUUACUAAAAACACCUAAACAGACAAUAAACGGUAAGGAGGUAGAUGUUAAAAAGGUGAAGGUUAAUCCAGAUCCGAGAAAUCAAGGUUUCUGGGCGCCGGGUUAUGGAUAUGGUUAUGGUGGUGGUUAUUAUCUUCCCGAUUAUAAUGGCUACCAUAGUGGCUAUGAUGAUAUGUACACCAAUUAUGAUUAUGCCGGAUACGACGGCUAUGAUAACAUGGGCUAUGGACCCAAACCACGAGGAAAUGGUCCGGGACCGCGUCAGUUUCAGAGACAUCAACCAUACUAAAUGAAACAGGUAUAUUAACUAUACUAUCAUAUUUCUUCAUACUGAACUUUAAGAAGGUCCUAGGUAGAAUACUACAAGAUAUAUCAAAAAUCAUCUUGUAAGAGAAUAGCCCUUCAAUUUUCAUUUGUUGUAUGCAGAGAUAUUGUCCUUCCUAGAUAUUGUCUAUUGAGUGGAGAAUAAGAAAUAAUAUUGCAUAAAAAACAAUGAUGGCAGUGCUUGUAAUAUUUUCGUUGCUAAUAUGCAUGUGUUUUCUAUUGAUUGUUACAUUCUCUGAUUCUUACUUUAUCUUCUUUAUUACGAUCUUAUGCGCAGGCGAGCUAUUCUUUCACGAGAUUUAGGGUGCAUUCCAUUUAAUAUUACAAAUACUUUGAAACAUUUGAUUAAUUAAAAAAGUAAUCUUUACUUCUUUUGUCCUGAUUGAUUAAAUAAUUCAAAAUAUUUGUAUAUCAAGUCGAGUGCACAUGAAAUUACAAUCGGAGACUGAAUUGGGGCUGUUGGAAAUAAAAAACAAAGAAAUAUAAGUUAAAGAAAACAAGGAACUGAAAAAAAUUUAUAUGGUUAGGUUCAAAAACUUAGAACUUAUGUACUGGAAAAGAUACAUAUUGUGUUGUUGUUCUUCCAAUAUGUGACCUUAUCUGUUUACUGCAAUAUGCAUGUCAGAUUACAAAUCAUAGAUAAAUAUUAUAUAUGUCAUUCUUAAAAUUUAGUUUUUAGUACUAUGUACUAAAGAGAACUUAUUUAGAAAAAACAUAUUGUUAUAAAAAACAUUCUGUUACAAACCGAGCUGUUUUACCUCAAAAUAAUUCAAAUCUGUUAUAUAUUUCAUUUAUAAUAUAUAUAAAAUAUAGUGCUUUCGUAUAAAUUUUAAACAGAUAACAGAUUUUUCUUUUUUAUUCCGUUUAUAUUUCUCCAGUUUUUUGUAUUUGAAAUAAAAUUCAUGUAUAUUAAGACGUUGGAGAGAACGUCAGAAAAUAUAGAAAGUGUAAGGAAAAUAAACAGGUUGAUGUUGUGACACCUCUGCUAAAUUGCUCAAAUCAUUAAAUUGUAUGACAUAUGGAAUAAAUCUUUUGUAUAAUAAACUGAAAUGAUAUGUAAUCUACAGCUUGUAAAAGAGCAAUUUUCUUAUAUUAUUUAUUAAGUAAAUAUUUGUACUUAAAUUUAAUUAUGCUUCUAAAAAAAGGAUAGCUUUGGUAUGCAGAAUAUUAUCGCCUUUCUAUAUUUAACAAAUUUAUUGUAGAAAAUUAUCUUACCAAUCAGCAACAAGCAGAUAUAUAGCUAGACUUAUAUAGCUUUUUUUUAUAAUUCGGUGAACGGUGUCUCUAUUAUUUGAAAAUUUAUUCCGAUAUGUUUUAUAAUUCAAUGAUUCAGAAUGGUCAUGCUCUUUCCAGUAUAUAUACUAUCUAAGAUUGUAAACGACUUGUCCAACAAGCUCCGAAUUCCUCCGAGUUUAAUGCGUUAUAAAGAAAACACACACACAUGCAGAGAGAGAGAGAGAGAGAGAGAGAGUGAUAGCAUAACUGAAAUUAACAAUAAUAACAAGAAAUACAAGUUAAUGAUAUUAAUGUAGAAUGAGUAAUUAAGAAUGUGAGUAAUUAACAAUAGAAAGCAUUAAUAUUUUUAUUUAACGACCAUUAAACGAUCGUUGCCCGAAACCAGUGAUUCGAAAUCAAUGUUAAACAAUGGAAUCAAUGUUAUCAUGUAAAAAAAAUAUAGAAGUUUUAAAAUGCGCGUGUCUCAUAUUUUUCUCCACAGUAACAGGACAAGUUAAUGAUAAACUAAUAAUACAAUAAUUUACAGAACUUGUACUUUUUGUAAUGUACUUUGUUCUAUUUAUGGAGAAUAUGGCAAGGUUUUCUGUGUAAUAAAAGAACUACAACAAUUGAUGCACGAUAUGAUCAUAAAGUUUGUUAAAAAAAAAACUUAAAACAUUUACAUUGGAAUACUGUUAGUCGUAUUCAUUCAAUUUAACAUUUUAUUUGUUCUUUAUUCAUAAUUUGCAACUAACAUAUAUAUCUAAUAUAUUGAGUUGUGCCACAAAAUAAUAUAUCUAAUAUAUUGUUUUGCAUAUUAAGAAAUUUUUUAUAUUUUUACAUUCAAAUAAUACAUACAUUUAAUAUACAAUCAAAUAAUUACAGCAACUUUUAAUUAAUGGCACCAAUGCAGUAUAAUUCGGGUAACCGAAUUUAUUGUUACAUAAGUUGUGUUUUAACUGGCAAUACAUUAUAGAUUUAUUCUUUAUAAUUGAAUUUCCUGCACUCGUAUACACUAAAAAUGAGAUAGGUAUAGUUAAGUAUAUGUUUAGUUAAGUAUAUGUAAGUUUAAGAAAAGUUAAAAAUAAAGAAACAAAAAGAGUGCAAGAAGUUUAGCUACAAAGAAUGAACCUCAUAUAUGAAAGUAUAUGUGUAUGAAUGAUUUUUUAGUACUGCCAGUACAUCAAUCUAUAUCGAAAUAUACUGAUAUAUGUUAAGAUAAAAACAUAUAAUCUUGAAGGAAAAUAUGUCUUCAUAAGAAGAUGUCACUCUUCUUUGAAAAUUUGGCACAAAUUUUUCGGUCAACUCAAUAUUUUAGUACUUUAGUACUCUAGUAUUCUCAUAUUCUUUAGAAAUUUAAGUUUGUUCACAAGUAUUUCUUUAUUACUUGCUUAUUCACUAUAUACGUUAUAUAUAAAAAAAUUAAUGUAUGCUGAUAUAUUUUGAUUCAAAUUGUUUUUAGACAACCUUAAUUUGUGUGAAUCCUGCUAUAUAAUAGAAAAAAAAGAAAAUACUUAUGGACCAAGGGCUUAUAUAAAAAUAUAUUUCUUCCUUAUAUAACUCAUGUCAAAUAGUGUAGUCAAAGUUAAAUAUAUGCUCUAAAUAUAUGAUCUAAUAUGCAACCGUUUAUAAUUGAAGAAUAUGUAAGUUAUGUUAAGGAGUAUCUAAACUCAUUUUCGUAUCAUCUAAUAUCUGUAUAAUAUCUGAUAUCUGUGUUACACGUUAAAAAAUGUGUAAGUUAUACAGUUUAUAAGCUAACAAAUUGUACAUAUAUGUACAUCGUAUGUAUGUUACAUCAAGAAAAAAAAACAUACAUACAUUCAUGUAUGCGUAUUUGUAAGGAUAUGACAAUGUAAGAACAUGAUGAGUUAGAAUUUAAAGGAAAAAAAUGUAAAAAAAAAAGUAUAUAAUAAAAAAGAAUAUAAUUAAAAUAUGAGCGUCCUGGGUAUAUACAUGAAGUGCACGCAAACGACGAACUUAGCUGAAAUAAUGUCGACGAAACGAUACAUCUGUAAUAAUGAGAAAAGAAAAAAAAUAUGCAUAUUGCACUAUAACCAUAGUUUACAAUAUUUAUGCAGAAUUGUAUUAUACUAUCGACAUCCUGUGAAUGUGUCAUUAUAAAACAUAUUGCCAUAGUUAGUUUGGCAAUUCUAAUCUGUCUUUAAUAAGACGAGAUAGAUGAAAUCUAUCUCGAAACAAAGUUCUAUUACCUGCGUGUCGUCUGUGUGCUCGGUCUGUAUAACAAAAGAAUAAGAUAUGAAUACGGCGAAAAAAUAAUAACAGUAUGUACACAUUGAAAAUAACAAAGAUUUUUUUAAACGUUCGAAGAAAUGUUUAAAUUUUAGAUGACUUAUAAUCCGUGAUAAAUUUUGUAACAAAUUUAUAGAAUUCCAUUUAUAAUUUUAUAUGUCAUGCAAUACAGAAAACACAUUUGAAGAAAUAAAAUAAACAUACAUUAGGACAUGUGGCACAUAAAAUAAAAGCUUCAAGAUCUUUUUUACAUACAAUAUAUAAUAAUGCAGUAAUAUAUACAUACAUACAUACAUACAUACAUACAUACAUACAUACAUACAUACAUACAUACAUACAUAUAUAUAUAUAUAUAAUUUUCCUAAAAUGUUUUCUGUUUAAUUAUAAAUAAAUUUCUAUAGCGAAUUUUAUCACGAAUUAUAAUUUGUUUAAAGUAGACUUAAGGCGGCAAAUAAUCAGAAAUAAAAACACAAUCUGUAGAUUACUUUAAUAUUUCUUUCGCAUUUCUAACACGCGAGUAGCAGUUCCUGUUCACUGUACGAAGACUGCUCUUCAUAUCGCGAAAAGACUGUCACAAAUGAUGAUACAGGCUCUAGAAAAUUUUAACAAUUAAUAGAAUUUGCAGUUUCGACUACAAAAUUGAAAGAAAACUGAGUGAUGUAAUUGUUAGAGAAUGUAGAUAAGACACAAUAUGUGGGACUAUGUUUAGAUACAUCGAAAUUAUAUUGUACACAAGGCUGAAAAAGCUUUAAACAUUCAAAAGUUUUUUCUCAGACGUCGCAAAGACAUCAAUGGUUUGGCUUAACUCAACCGAGUGAGAGUUAGGGGGAGAAAUUCCCUUGAGAACAUCUUUAAUAGAUUUUUAAUAGAAUUCGUUUUUGUGAAUCCUAUUGGAUGCAUUACUGAUGUUCAUUACAGCGUUUAUUGAUGCAUUUAUUGCGAUCAUUGUUGUACAUUACAGACUGUUGUGCAGAAAUUUAUAUAUAAGGCCUGUAUAUGUAUAGUAUAUAAGCAGAUUGAAUAUGAAAAAUGUUCAAUAUUUAUAUAUAAUAAAAUACUGAUCAUUUUCAGUCAAGAUGCUUAUAUUACAAUUUUACUUACUAAUAUCUAAAUAUUACAUCUAGAGAUAUGCUUUUACAUCUAAAAUUAAUGUACAACAGGCUUUAAUCUGUCUAUUAAUAUGUCAAACUAGUGCAUCCAAAGGAAUUUACUAUAAGCCAAACUAACUGUCUUUGACAUUAAAUCUGUAUACUGUGUAUACCAUAUUUGCGUGUGAAAAUAUAUAUGGAAAACAAAAGAAAGAGAGGAAGAGAAAAAGAGAGAAUGAAAAAUUAAAGGAAACGAUACAGAUAUUUUGUUACUAUUAAUUACUAUUCGCCUGUUUCACCCAUGACACAGUGUAUAUUUUAAUUAUAGCAAAAAUAAAUGCCAAUUAUUUCAAA